UCCCUCUCUGAUAAACCUGCACUGGUAAAAAAGCAAAACUCUUUUGUACUUCUUUCUAGCAUUACCCCAUGGCGCUAGAAACCAAACUUGUGCUCCUCUUUGCAUUUCUUUUGUUUUCUGUUAGCCAUACAGAGGCCUUAAAGUCCAAGAUCACCCGUGUGCAAUUCUACAUGCAUGAUAUUGUUGGUGGCCCGAAUCCAACUGCUGUUCCGGUCGCAGGCAGGACCAACUUCACGAGCCAAGACCCAAUUGCAGCUUCCUUCGGGUCCAUUUUCGUGAUUGACAAUCCACUCACGGUCUCGCCCGACCCGAAUUCUACGGUGGUAGGUCGUGCGCAAGGGAUAUAUGCCAUGUCGUCCCAACAAAAAGAGUUCAGUCUCCUCAUGACACUGACAUAUGGGUUCAUUACUGGACCAUACAAUGGUAGCACAUUUAGCGUAGUUGGCCGCAAUCCGGUAAUGAGCGAGGUGAGGGAGAUGCCGGUAGUAGGUGGCACCGGAAUAUUCCGGCUAGCCCGUGGGUACUGCAUGGCAAGGACCCACUCAAUGGAUCAAAUGGAUGCAAUUAUAGGAUACAAUGUGACUUUGUUACAUUACUGAACUAAGAGACAUGUAUGCAAUUUCAUGUCACAAUAGUUACCAUUCAGUUUUCUUAUAUGGGUUUCUUUUACUCAAUUAAUAAGACUCCAAUGCUAUUUAGUAGUAGUUUGAGUUGAGAUUUGUGUAAUAAAGAAUUUAACUUUUGCACGGAAUUGAUCUUUCUUUUCUUUCAA